CCACUGAUGAAAGUGUAGUAACUAGUCAAAUAGAAAAUUCCAACGGCUGCGAUUGAGACUGGGAAAGUUAAAAGCAGUGCGCGAUGGUUUCUUCUUCUUCUCCCUCCCAAUCUCCCACUCGCGAUCGCGAGGCUUGCUCUCGGAAUGACGAUUUCGAUCCAAAUCGCUACGUCGAGAGCUCCGGCCUGAGAAUUGCGCUCGCGUCGGGGCUCAAGAUCGUGGCGUGCUUCGUCGUCAUGGCGAUCACCACGGCAAUCUGGACUGGCGUGAUGCUCUUGCUCCUCCCCUGGCCCUACGAGAGGAUCAAGCAGGGAAAUCUCUAUGGCCACAUCACUGGGAGGAUCCUGCUCUGGAUUCUUGGAAACCCUAUAAAGAUCACUGGCGCCGAGCACGCCAAUGCCAAGGCGAUCUACAUUUGCAAUCACGCGUCGCCGCUGGACAUCUUCCUCGUCAUGUGGCUCACGCCGCUGGGGACCGUCGGGAUCGCCAAGAAAGAGAUUAUCUGGUACCCGCUCUUCGGCCAGCUCUACGUGCUCGCCAAUCACCUGCGAAUCGACCGCUCCAAUCCCAAUGCCGCGAUUCGCUCCAUCAACGAGGUGGCCAAAUCCGUGACGAAGAAAGACCUAUCGCUCAUAAUCUUCCCCGAGGGGACGCGAUCGGCCAGUGGCCGACUCCUUCCAUUCAAGAAAGGAGUUGUUCACAUUGCCUUGCAAACAAAGCGUCCCAUUGUUCCAAUCGUAAUCACGGGCACCCACCGCGCCUGGCACAAGGAUAGCCUCAAGAUCCGCCCAGCUCCACUGACAGUGAAGUUCCUUCCUCCAAUCGAGACGCAGGAAUGGCUUCCUGAGAAGGCCGAUUCAUACCUGGAGAUGCUGCGCUGCCUCUACGUCGAUAACUUGCCCGAGUGCCAAAGGCCACUGAACUGAGCGUUUCUACUCGACCGUACAAGGUAUAGUAAGGGAAAGAGGAUGCUCUGCUCUU